AUGUGCUAUGUUUUAUGGAUGCUUGGGGAUUAUUGGAACGAGGCAACAAAGACUGGCGGCCAAAGCAAGUGGGGUUUAGAGACCGAUUGGACUGUUGUUAAAUUUGAAGAAUUUAUGAAUUAUCCACCAAAUGAAUUAACCUUUAACGAUCCCGCCACAAAAAUGAUUG